GAGCCGCCGCCGCGGCGCGCAGAGCGGGCGCGCUGCCCUCCUCCUCCUCUUCCUUCUCCCUCCUCCUCCUCCUCCUCCUCCUUCUCCUCCUCCUCCUCUUCCUCCUCCUCCUCCUCGUUAGAUGCUGCGGCGGCCGCCCGGGAGCAGCCCCGCUCCGCGCACGGCCGCCGACCGCGGGCAGCAGCGGAGCGGCGCGGAGAUGGUACCGCUGGUGCGGAGCGCCGGGGGCUCCCACCAGUGGCCGGCGAUAGUGGUCCUCGGCCUGUGUUGUCUCCUACCUCCCGGGCGACUCGCUGCUCCCGGUGGGGACUUCCCCGGGGCGACCGUGGACAAUCUGGUGGUCAGGAAGGGGGACACGGCGGUGCUUAGGUGUUACUUGGAGGAUGGAGCUUCCAAAGGUGCCUGGCUGAACCGGUCAAGUAUUAUUUUUGCUGGAAGUGACAAGUGGUCAGUAGAUCCUCGGGUUUCAAUUGCCACAGCAAACAGAAGAGAAUACAGCCUGCAGAUACAGGAUGUCGAUGUGACAGAUGACGGUCCCUACACUUGUUCUGUGCAAACUCAGCACACUCCUAAAACGAAGCAGGUGCACUUAACUGUACAUGUUUCCCCGAAGAUAUACCGCAUUUCGAGUGACAUCGUUGUGAACGAAGGGAGCAACGUUACCCUGGUGUGCCUGGCCACGGGGAAGCCAGAGCCUUCCAUUUCCUGGAGACACAUCUCUCCAUCAGCAAAGCCCUUUGAGAGUGGGCAGUACCUGGACAUCUAUGGAAUUACAAGGGACCAGGCUGGGGAAUACGAGUGCAGCGCAGAAAACGAUGUCUCGGUCCCAGAUGUGAAGAAAGUAAAAGUCACAGUAAACUUUGCCCCCACAAUUCAGGAACUUAAAUCCAGCGGUGUGGUGCUUGGAGGGAACGGCCUGAUACGGUGCGAAGGUGCAGGAGUUCCUGCCCCGGUCUUUGAGUGGUACAAAGGAGAGAGGAAACUGAUCAAUGGUCAACAAGGAAUCACUAUUAAAAAUUAUAGCACAAGAUCACUUCUUACUGUUACCAAUGUGACAGAAGAGCAUUUUGGCAACUAUACAUGUGUCGCUGCCAACAAGCUAGGGACGACCAAUGCCAGCCUGCCUCUCAACCAAAUUAUUGAGCCUACUACCUCUAGUCCUGUCUCAAGCCCAGCUCCCAGUACAGCCCAGUACGGGAUCACCGGCGAUGCCGAAGUCCUCUUCUCCUGCUGGUACCUUGUGUUGACACUGUCCUCCCUCACCAGCAUAUUCUACCUGAAGAACAUCAUUCUGCACUAAAUGUAAAGACCCAUAAAAGGCUUUUAAGGAUUCUCUGAAAGUGCUGAUGACUGGCUCCAAUCUGGUAGAGUUUGUUAAAAGCAGCGUGGGAUAUAAUCAGCAGUGCUUACGUGGGGAUGAUCGCCUUCUGUAGAAUUGCUCAUUAUGUAAAUACUUUAAUUCUACUCCUCUUUUUGAUUAGCUGCAUUACCUUGUGAAGCAGUACACAUUGUCCUUUUUUAAGACGUGAAAAACUCUGAAAUUACUUUUAGAGGAUAUUAAUUGUGAUUUCAUGUUUGUAAUCUCCAAGUUUUCAAAAGCAUUCAGUCAUGGUCUGCUGAGUUGCAGACUGUAGUUUACAAAAAAAAAGAGAAGAUAUUGCAGUAAAAAUGUGCUUCUUUAAGGCUGCAAUACAAAUAUUCAGUUCCCUUCUUGAACAGCAUUGAACCCACAUUUACACAGACACAUUUUUCCUUUUUUGAUAGAAAAAAUAACAAAUAAUAUUGCCUUCAAAAUAAUAUUUCUUCAAAAUAUUACACAUAUCUAGAUUUUCUUCUAGCAUGAUAUUCAGGUUUCAAGAAUGAGCCUUGUAUUAUAACUGCAUUGUGCAGUACUGCUUUCUGGUUUCUUUCCUUUCUCCUGCAAAUUCAGCAUGGGUGUGCCUUCAUAAAACACUUCUUUCCUCUUCCUCUCCAACAAAUCUGAAAUGUCUUUUGGGAAAUGCUAAAGCAUCCUUUUGAGCAUAACAAAUCUCUAGUCUAGGACAAAGGUGCUAUUGGCUAAAAGCAAAACCUCCUCUUCCAUCUCCAGGGGGUCAUCAAAAAGCUUCAGACUUAGGUUUUUAGGCAACCAGUUGAGGAUAGCACCAACUCCUCUUUGUGUUUUCCAUCUAGCACCACUGACCAGUAGAUGAUUUCAGUAAAAACCAGUUUUUCCCAUUACAAAACAGAACACAAAUUAUUUUGAGACAUCUUUUGAAUGUAGGAAUGUUUUCCUUAGUCAUUCUAAAGCCAAAUUCCUCAAUGGCUGUAAAUGUGAGAAGCUGAACUGUCCCUUUUGUAUUACUGGCAAAAACUAUGUGAAUUGGUAUUUUUCUUGCACUUAAUUUUGUACUGGUUUGGCUAAUUUAGCAAUGAUAAAGGAUGCUUUUAAAUAUUAGAUAUCUGAAAAUACAUGAAGUAUCAAGCAGAAUUUUAUAUAUAUACAUAUAUAUAUAUUAAAACGAGGUUGCUCCAAUAACUGUACCGAAGUGCAUGUUGCCGUCCAUGAUAGAAUCAUCAUUACAGACAGGACUUCAUUACCGACGUACUAACGCUGUACAAAUAGCUUGCACAGCAGUUAAGGCCUCAUACCUAAUUUCCUCGUACUGCAGUCUAUCGAGAUAGAUAACGCUCAUUUCACCCAGUGAAGGAUCAAGUUCUGAAAUAGCACCUAAUGCUACUAACUUUGUUGUUUUUAAGCAGCCCCAGACAGCACUAAUGCAAAAUAUUACUCACCGUUUAUGGCUGAGUUUAAAUGCCAUCUGUGUAAACUGCUGGGGCAUGGCGAUGGCCAACAGCCCUUGACUACAACAUCCCUUUGUGACCCCAACAGAUUUUGACUUGCUUACAAAGCAGCUAUUGAUGACAAGAGUAACAAAACCACUAUUGACACCAACACUCCUAUGUUUUCUCUUAUCUAUAUGUCUGGUAGGUGACACAAUUCCUGUAGUCGACGUUUUGUCUCCUAUCAAUCAAUAGGUUUUUGUAGCAAGCAAUACCAGAUGAGCACUGUGCAUACCCAGCAGUUCCAAGUUCAGCUCACAGGUACCCCAGUUUUGGGAAAGGCAGACUCUGGGUUUCACUAGUCUCAGUAUACACCACCCCAUGCUAACAGAAUAUACACUGAAUCUGUUGUAGUUAGUGAUAAAGGGUAUAAAAGAAAUAUGUUGACUCCAAAACAUGGGAAUGAAGUGUCCUGGGUCACUGUGGAUGUUCAGUGACAGAUCAUACUAUUUCUAUCUUAUUUCCAGUUACUAUUUUCAGUAAUGUAGCAUUUUUUAAAACCUCAAAUAACAUGAGAAACUUAAUCCUCUGAGGAAACAGUCAAAACCCAAUUCAAAUUGUACUAUACACAGUCCUGAUAUCCUGAUGUCUCUUGUAUUGCAGCUUUAAAGUGCUAUAUUUUAGAACCCAUUUGCUAGAAACAGUGGUGCUGCAGAAAGUAUUGUGUCAGUAUGGUUUUAUGAGGGGAAAAAAAAAGGAUAUGCAUAGCCCAGCUCAUGCGCCUUGUCUCACAUAAAACUGAGAUGUUUCUAUACUGUGGCUGGAUCAAAUUCCAUAUUUCAAUGAUAUAUUUCAUUCCAGUGGUUCCCAAGACCUGAAACAUGGUAUUUCCAGCAGCAGAAUAGAAUGAACAGCAGCUUUAUUAAAUAUAUUUCAAAAAGAUAAUUAUAAGUUGACUGUUUGCAUUCAUACCUGCUAGAGCUACUGGAUAACAUGGAUAUUCAGUCCCAUCUCAGACUUUUCACUUGAAUUUGGGGGGACACCAUUAUUGUCAAGUUUAAAAAGUCAAAAGCAAACAAACCCUA